ACGGGAACUAAUUAGUGGCAUAUAGGAAUAUUGCACCCACUGACACCCGAGCCUUUACAACUCCCACACAGCACUAGAACACUGGCACUACUCGUGCAAAGGCGUCAAUGACGCCAACAUACUCAGCUGAGCGCUCGCUAUGCUCAGGUAGUAAAGACCUAGCGGUGAAAAAUUUUCGGACGAUCCUGGAUGAACAGUUUUACUUGUUUGCGAUAAGAACAUGCCGGUUCGAAAGCGGCCUCAACCUUCAUGUCGGUAGGGUGGCUCCGCUCGCUCGUCAUCAUGGCUCGGGCAUAGAUGCUCGACGCCUAUAAGAAGGGCACAUCCGUGCUGGACCAUACCAUGGAAGAAAAAGGCCGAGGAAAAAGGACAACGAAAAUAUAAAACAAAACGAAAAGAUGAGGGGUUUCUCAUCAGCCUUGCUGGCUGUUGGUGGCCUGGCCUCCAUGGCCUCGGCAUCGCCAUCUGGCAUGAAGGGCUUCCCCCCGGGAAGGGUGCCGAUGGCCAUCAAGAGUGGCAGGCCCAUGGACUUGACCAGCCACGCGGUGACUAGCCAGUCGUGCGACACGACAAACACUCCAUCGACCAAGGCACCGCUGCCAAACAUCUUUGCCCCCCUGAGCGCAGACGACUCGGCCGCCGUGACCAAGUUUCUUCACGAACAGAGCGAACUCAACCUCACAGCCAACGCCAACGCGACCAGCUGGGACAAUGUCAUCGUCCAGGUCGAGACUUUGCAGCCCAACAAGUCCGACGCCCUGCCGUACCUCAACGGCGAAGGGCCCAAGCCGGCGCGGUAUGCCAGAGCGACGCUCCAGUUCCAGGCCACAAUGGAGCCGUACAUCAGGGAGUACAUGGUAGGCCCGCUGCCCGUCUCUAACGAGACGACCAUCCAGACGCUAGACUAUCCCUAUAACAAGGGAGCAGGCUACCAGCGUAUCUAUAACGCCGAUAACGAUGCUUACACCCAGUUCCUCGUCAACAUUUCAGCGUCGGUUGAGGAUAUUCUGAUGAAAAUGUUCAACGGGACCUUCACCAACUCUCCCACUGAUCCACUCGCCAUCGGUCCUAGCGACCCGCUCUGGAUCGACGACGUGACUGGUGCGGUGACGACGUGGAACGAGUACACCCUGAUGCCAACCACCAUGUAUAGCACGGGCUCUCUCAUCUACAGUGGCCUGGCCGUCCGCACAGACCUGACGGGCCGCGAUCCGUCCAAGUGGUCGGUGUUGGGCUGGUACUACAACGGCGAAUUUUGGGACACCACCGAGUCCUUCCGGACCGCCUUUGAGAACGGCACGUUCGAGAUCCUAAAGGUCGAUCAAGACGGCGAUUGGGAUGCCACGUCACCCACGGGGCCUGUGUAUGAGCACGACCAGACGCCGCCACCGACCGAGGUUCAACCGUCGGGCCAACGCUUCGCUGUCGACGAGGAAGAGACCUAUAUCGAAUGGAUGGGCUACACUUUCUACAUGGCUUUCUCGCGCGACACGGGAAUGCGACUGUACGACAUCAAGUUCAAGGGUGAGCGUAUCAUUUACGAGCUGGGCCUGCAAGAGGCUCUCGCUCACUACGCCGGUACGGGCCCCGGUCAGUCGUCGCAGGCGUUUCUCGACUCGUACUAUGGUUUCGGCCCCAACGCUUUUGAGCUCAUCGGCGGCUACGACUGCCCGGCCUAUGCCACGUACCUCGACACCUCGUUCUACUGGCGUGAGACUCGCCGCACGCAUCACAAGAGCAUCUGUAUCUUUGAGCAUGACGCCGGCUACCCUGUGGCACGUCACACGGCCGUCAACUAUGUCUACGCCACCAAGAAUAUUCAUUUGAUCCUGCGUAGCGUCAGCACCCUCGGCAACUAUGACUACAUGUUCGAGUACGCCUUCUACCACGACGGAUCUAUUCACGUCACUGUGCGAGCCUCGGGUUACAUCGCCGCCGCCUUCUGGGCCAAGAACUCGGACUAUGGCUUUCAUAUCCAUGACGCCGUCUCGGGCUCCAUGCAUGACCAUGUGCUUAACUACAAGCUUGAUCUCGACGUCCAUGGCACCAACAACAGUCUGAUGAAGGUCGAUGUUGUUCCCACGACGGAAAUCUAUCCCUGGUCCAACGGUCAAGCUCGAAACACCAUGAAGUUGAACAGAUCCUUUAUCGAAAGCGAGGACGACUCCAAGAUCAAUUGGUCCCCCAAUCUGUCGAGCUUCUACGCCGUCGUCAACCGCGACACGCCCAACAAGUACGGAGAAUACCCGGGAUUCAAGAUCUCGCCGGCCACCGCCAAUACCGCUCACCUGACCGUGAUCGACUCGUCCGACCUCAAAAACAGCGACCACUGGGCCACUCACCAGUUGUACGCCGUCAGGCAAAAGGACACGGAGCCGCGCAGCGUCUACGCCUUCAACUCGCUCGACACGUUCCGCCCCGUCGUCGACUUUGGCAAGUUCUUUGACGGCGAGUCGCUUGAUCAGGAAGAUCUCGUGCUCUACUUCAACCUCGGUAUGCAUCACGUUCCCGACACUCAGGAUCUCCCCAACACUGUCUUUACGACGGCUCAAUCGAGCGUUGUGAUCUCUCCUAUGAACUAUUUCUUGGAAAAUCCGGUCAAGUCCACCAUUCAAGAGGUCGAGAUCGACUAUGACAAGAACGACACCGUGAUCAACAUCAAGAAGUUUGGCAGUGGAAAUGCCAUCUGCUCCUACGACAUGUCCUUGACGGAGGCAAACCUGACCAGCUAUGUCGGUGGUGAUAUAGUCGUGACCAAGUGGCCCUACGACCCCGCCAAUCCGUUCUACAGCAUGGCCGAGGGCGAGUCGAUCUGACGCUACACAGAGUGACCACUUCCGAAGUCGAAUAAUCGGCUUGAUAGAUUGGCGUGGAAGAGAUGACUGAGAUUGUCAU